AUGAGCUCAACCACGAAUUUGGACUACUUUAAACAGGAACAGGAUGAUGCUUCAUGGUCACCCAACUCCUCAGAUACAUCUGCUCCUCAUUCACCAAUUUCCGACCCUGAUUAUAAUGUGUAUCACGUGCCAAGGGGUUAUGACGUAUUAUUGGUUCCGUUGAAACUUGAAGAUGAACAUACGACUUCUACUUCCGAAACUCAGGUUACUUCUUCCACUCCGGGCAAUGCUUCUAAACCGAUGGAUAUUCCAAAAUCUGAUAAGAACUAUAUCCCUCGUCCUAAAAAUUGUUUCAUGGCCUAUCGUGAACAUAUAAAAGAAAAGUUUUUGGCUGAAAACCCCGGUAUGAAUAAUAAAGUUGUAUCGAUUCAUGCUGCUAAUAUGUGGAAUAAUGAACCUGAAGAUGUCAAAGAGUAUUGGCGAGAACGUGCUAAGCAACUUAAAUUAGAACAUAAGCUUAAAUAUCCCGAUUACAAGUUUAAACCUCAAAAGAAGAAGCAAAAUUUGAAAACUCCUGGCAACACCAAAGCUAUAACAAAAGUUAAUGGCCGUAAAAAAUCUGACCCCAAAAUUGUUUUUACUGAUGGUUACUCAAAUCCGGAUGAUGGUCGGAAUAUAUAUUCCGUGGGUUUGGAAGGUGCUGAUGAUCAAGAUGAUAUUUUCUUUUCUCAUUUACAAAAAAAGGCCCUUUUCGGACAUUAUAGAGCCUCUUCUGUAGACUCUGCUAGUUCUUGGACAAGUGACUCAACCGUUUCUACUCCCUUGCUUUCUCCUUUUGUAAGUUCACCUGCGUCUUUGUCCCCUCCUUCUUUCCAAUCUGGUAAUCAUCUUGGAAGAUCUGCUUUACGUUAUGAGGCUGCACAUGUUCCUCAUAACGGUUCUAUUAACGGUUCUGUUAAUGGUUCUGUUAACGGUAAUUUAUUAUUGUCUUCUACUCCGACAAUAUAUAUGGAUCAAUUCAACCAGUUAUACAAUAAUCAAAUGGAUAUAAGCGCUCGUGGAAAUAUACCUGUUGAUGAUGGUUUCGUACUUGAUUCAUCUUAUGAUGCUCCUAUUUUGAAGACUACACCUUCCACUUCCUUUUUCCAAUGUUCUUCACCAUCUGUUGAAAUGUCUGCUAACGAUUAUGAUUUAAUGGCCAUGGGUCAUUAUCCAGUUUCUCCUAUUGAAGAAGAGAGUGGAUUCCUUAAUGAUUUUGAUGGUGUUGGACCUACCUAUAACCAAAAUGUCUUUGAUUCUUCAUUUGGCCUUUCAUCUUCCCAUGAGUCUCAAUCAACUCAUGAUCAACAUUACGCGUUUGCUCUUGAAACGCCUAGGCGUAAUUCUCAGCAACUUUUGUCCGAGUUUCAGAAUGGCCUAAAGCAUCAUGAGAUCUUAUUACAAGGAUUGUUGAUGGAAUGA